AUGCGACUUCGCGGUGUGUUUCGUGCAGCCAAGCUGCCCAACGGACAACGCGCCAUUGGCACAAAAUGGGUCUUCAAGAUCAAGCGUAAAGCGGAUGGAUCUAUCGAGAAGUACAAGGCACGUCUCGCGGCAAAGGGCUUUCGCUCAAAGUAUGGAAUCGACUACACGGAGACGUUUUCGCCCGUGGUCAAGCAUGUGUUGCAUUGUAGAUCGGAGCGAGGAAAGCGGAGCGGAGAGACCGAAGAGAGUAGAGCAGAAAACACUUGCCCAAUAGUUGGAAGAUUUGAAAGUGAUUGA